AUGGCAGUAAACCAUAUACGCGCUCGAACACUUGCAUCUGUCAAGUCUUCUUUCUUUCCAGAUGAACCUACAAAACCAGUUGUCAAAACUGCUAUACCUGGGCCUAAAUCUAAAGAGCUGUUGACCAAGUUAGACCAAUACCAAGAUACACGUACUGCCUUUUUUGUAGCAGACUUUGCAAACUCCAAAGGAAACUAUAUUACUGAUGCUGAUGGAAAUGUUUUGCUCGACGUCUUUGCUCAAAUUGCAUCCAUUCCAGUUGGCUACAAUAAUCCUGCAUUCUUAUCCUUAUCACAAAAUCAAGCUUUUCAAACAGCUUUGGCAAACAGAGCCGCUCUUGGUGUAAAUCCUAACGUCGAUUGGGUGGAUUCCCUUGAAAAAGCUUUCAUGGCUGUCGCUCCUAAAGGAAUGACGAAUGUAUUUACCGUCAUGUGCGGUUCUUGCGCCAACGAGAACGCCUUUAAAACAGCAUUCAUGUACAAAGCAGCUCAACGUCGCGGUCAACGCGACUUCAACCCUGAAGAACUCAACUCGUGCAUGCGCAACCAAGCACCAGGAUCACCUGAUGAUAUGUCCAUUUUGAGUUUUACACAAGCAUUCCAUGGUCGUCUAUUUGGCUCUUUGACAGCAACUGCUAGUAAAGCAAUCCAUAAGGUUGACAUACCCGCCUUUGAUUGGCCCAAAGCACCUUUCCCUCAACUGAAAUACCCAUUGAAUGAAAACGUAGAAUAUAACAAACAAGUUGAAAAGGAAUCAUUAGAUCAGGUGGAGGAUUUAAUUGUGAAUGCUAAGAAGCCUGUAGCUGCUGUUAUAGUUGAACCUGUUCAAUCAGAAGGCGGUGAUAAUCAUGCCUCUCCUGAAUAUUUCAGAAAAUUACAAGCUAUCUGUCAAAAGAAUGAUGUAUUGUUCAUUGUAGACGAAGUUCAAACUGGUGUAGGUGCUACUGGUACCUUCUGGGCACAUGAGGCAUGGAAUUUACCUUCUUCACCCGAUAUGGUCACUUUCUCAAAGAAAUUCCAAGCUGCUGGCUUCUAUCUCAGUCCCAAAUUACGUCCCUCGCAUCCUUACCGUUUGUACAACACUUGGAUGGGCGACCCAGUCCGUGCCAUGCAAGCAGCUGCUAUUGUCAAUGAAAUUAAAGAUAAGAAUUUGUUGGAUAAUGUGAAAGAUGUGGGUCAAUACUUGCAGGACAAUUUAGCCAAAAUGCAAUCAACAACACCUAUAAAGAAUGUUCGCGGUCAGGGUACUUUUAUCGCUUUCGAUCUGCCUGACGGUGCUAAACGUGACAAAUUCUUAGUUGACAUGCGCCAACGAGGAGUUAAUAUUGGUGGCUCUGGUGAUCGAACUGUGCGUCUUCGUCCUAUGCUGACUUUCCAACGUCAUCAUGCUGAUAUUCUACUUGAUACUAUGAAAGAUACCUUUGCUGCUACUGCUUAA